AUGGCUAUGUCUUGGCAGGUCCUCGCGUGGCACAAACAGAACCCCAAGACCUCUUGGGCUCCACUCGUUUUCGCUGGCCUCGUCACGACGUUGUUUCUGUUGCUCCUGCAGAACAACUCAUAUCCCAGCCGCAUCUCCAACCUCAUUGAUCAGCCUGAGGACAAAAUCCCGCCCCAGAAGAGUGCCGCAAUACCGGAUAAACUUUGGCAGAUUUUCCUGCCACCCAACAAUGCUGGCGACGACUUUACCAUCCACCCUGCCGCGCUCAUCGAUGUGCCGUCCUGGCUGGCCCGGAACCCCGACUAUCAUUAUCGCCUCGUGACAUCGAAGUGGGCCGAUGCUUUUGUCGACGCGCAGUUUGGUCCGGAAUCAGAAAUAGCAAAGGUUUACCACGAAUUGCGAAACCCUGGGCUGAAGUCCGAUCUUCUUCGGUACUUGAUCCUCUUCAUCGAGGGGGGCGUUUACACCGAUACGGACACGGAAGGCCUGCAACCCAUUGACAAGUGGGUUGGUUGGGAUAUGAAGGAUCGGGUGAAGCUGAUCGUGGGCGUUGAGUUUGACCAGAGAGAUGGCGGCCCUUGGGCCGAUAUCCCCCAUGUUUUACAGUUUUGCCAGUGGACCAUCGCCGCAGCGCCGGGGCAUCCGAUCUUCCCAGAUAUGGUAGCCCGCUCUCUGGGGUCUCUGAAAGAGCUCUCGGCGACUUACAACAAGAGCUUGGGAGACAUGAAGCCCAGCAGUUUUGAGGUCAUGAACUCGACAGGACCCGCAGCUUGGACCGAGGUUGUCUUUGCGCAUCUGCAGAAGUUCGACCCUGGCCUGCAAAGUUUGAGAGACCUCAGUUCCAUGAAAAAUCCCCGGCUGUAUGGCGCACUCAGGGAGCACUAA